UUUCAUCCAUCCAACUAUUCCUCACAAUUCACAAACCAUUUUCAAACUCUUCCUCUCCUUACAACAUAAUCUCAAACAACAACUUAUAUUGAAAUCUCGCCGAGAACUUAAAAUCACAACCCUUUUUCUCAGCUUCGUAGAGUUGCCAGCUUUCUAAAUUUAUCUCCGAAGAUGUCAAUGGAGAACGACGAUAUUCGCCUUAAUCUAAGAUUAGGGUUACCGGGAUCCAAUGAAACAUCGGAUAAUAAAAGUGGUAGCAAAAGAGCUUCAUCAGAAGUUGACCAAGAUUCAUCUCCUCCUCCCACCAAAACACAAGUGGUAGGAUGGCCACCGGUUCGAUCAUACCGGAAAAACAUCUUGCAACAAAACAAAAGGGAAGCCGAAUUUGCCGGGACGUACGUGAAAGUGAGCAUGGACGGAGCUCCAUUUCUUCGAAAAAUCGAUCUCAAGGUCUACAAGAAUUACGCGCAGCUCCUUGAUGCGUUACAAAGUAUGUUCAAGUGCACCGUAGGGUACGGUGGAUCUGAGCAUGCUCCAACUUAUGAAGAUAAAGAUGGAGACUGGAUGUUGGCGGGAGAUGUUCCAUGGGAGAUGUUUAUUACUUCUUGUAAGAGGAUGAGGAUCAUGAAAGCUUCGGAAGCUAGAGGCUUGGGGUGUUUGUAGUUGUUUUUUUUAAUUUUUUUUUUAUAAAUUAUACAUACAAAUAUAAAUAUAUUAUUUAUGAUCGGGCACCGAAAAAGGAAUGUAUUAUAACUUAUAAGUAGCAUGAGAUUUUCACUUUCGGUGAGAUUGUAGAUCUAUUAUCUAUACACAUAUAUAUACACACGGCAAUAUAGUUUGUCGAUUCUGA